AGGGGUACUUGUGAAACGCCGUCGAAGAAUGAAUCAGAACCUUAGGUAACCAGUCGACGAUCCACCUCACUCGCAUCUUAUCCUUCACGUUAUUACCAACAAGGUUCGCAGCGGCUUAAGCGACGACUUGACUUCAACGAGAAACGCCCGUCACGUCUACACCCUUUAAAAAGCACCGCUGUUUAAAAUGACCGAAACGGAUACCAGGAACCACAACCCCAGCAAGCAACAGAAUGGGGAUGCGGCGACGGAAUUAUCGACCGUUGAAGAUGUAUUUGAUGACACAUAUCGGGAAAAAGAGGGUCCUAAACCGCCGACGAGACUCGUCUGGAGAAACAUCAUAUUGAUGUUGCUUUUACACUCCGGAGCGCUUUAUGGACUGAUGCUCAUCCCUUCCGCAUCAGUUUUAACCCUUGCAUGGACUUUAGUGUGCUUUAUUAUCAGUGCUCUCGGUGUGACUGCCGGGGCCCACCGGCUAUGGAGCCAUCGGACCUACAAAGCAUCCUUCCCCCUGAGAGUUUUCCUGGCUCUGGCUAACUCCAUGGCAUUCCAGAAUGACAUCUACGAAUGGGCGAGGGACCACCGCACCCACCACAAGUACUCGGAGACGGACGCCGACCCCCACAAUGCCCUGAGGGGUUUCUUCUUCUCCCACAUCGGCUGGCUGCUCGUCCGCAAGCACCCCGACGUCCUGGAGAAGGGGCGCAAGCUGGAGCUGUCGGACCUGAGGGCGGACGCGGUGGUCAUGUUCCAAAGACGGCACUACAAGUUGGCCGUGCUGCUGCUCUGCUUCCUGAUGCCCAUGCUAGUACCCUGGUACCUGUGGGGCGAGUCCCUGACUGUGGGCUACUUCGUGCCCGGCCUCAUGCGCUAUGCCUUGGUGCUCAAUGCUACCUGGCUGGUUAACAGUGCUGCACACAUGUGGGGCAACCGGCCAUACGACCAGGGCAUCAACCCCCGGGAGAACCGCUUCGUGGCAUUCAGCGCAGUGGGGGAGGGCUUCCACAACUACCAUCACACUUUCCCCUUCGACUAUGCCACCAGCGAGUUUGGCAACAGGCUGAACCUGACCACUGUCUUUAUAGACCUCAUGUGUUCCCUUGGCCUGGCCUCAGACCGCAAGAAGGUAUCACAGGAAACGAUCCGCGCUCGUAGACAGCGCACGGGUGACGCCAGCAACAAGAGUGGCUGAGGAGCGAUCAGGUCAGGGGGGAGGAGACUCGCAGUAACAGAUACCAACUUUGUCCUACCCGAGAGCAAGCUUGGCAAGACCAUUCCGGCCAGCCUUUUGGUGGGACAAUUGUGGUAGAAGUUAUUGUAAUUAGUUAAAUUACAAUGACAAACAAAAAAUUAUCAUGGUUCUUAUGUCUACUUCUGUUAAUGAGUUUGGAAAAAAAUAUUCAUAAGUUCUUGAGAGUAAUAUUGGCUUUAAAUGGUCCUAUACCUUUUCUGUAAGCUUGUUUUUAUUAUUUAAUUUUAUUUUGUAUUAUGCAGUGACAUGUCUAGACUGUUGGUCGGAGAUGGUUAACUGGGCUGGGCUUGUAAGCACAGCUACUUUUUGGUUCUUUAUUAUAAUUUUAUUUUUACCAGCCAUGAUACAAGGAAGGUAUCCGGAGAUUCGACAGCAGACUGGAAUUAAAGUGGCUUAUUAUUUUGAGGAUAAUAUGCCAACCGCUCUGUGUGUGUGUGUGUGUGUGUGUGUGUGUGUGUGUGUGUGUGUGUGUGUGUGUGUGUGUGUGUGUGUGUGUGUGUGUGUGUGUGUGUGUGUGUGUGUGUGUGUGUGUGUGUGUGUGUGUGUGUGUGUGUGCAUGACCUCCAGGGUCAAAGCAGUGAUUAGAGAACAUUAACCACCUAUUUUUCCAUGUGCUAUUUAUUAAUAUUCGGUGGCACUCUGAAAAUAAGUAAAUAGUGACAAUAAUUUAUUCAAGGGGAAGUUGUGUCACGCUACGACAAGAAGGAGGCUAGAUUUUUUCCCAUUUGUCUAGUCUGAGGUUUUUGCUCUCACUUGUCGAGGGCAAACGGUAAGUUUGAUAGUUCCGGGGGCUUUGGUUUUUUGGUCGGUUUGGUAAAAAAACAACGCUUUUCUUAAACUACGAACUGCUGUGCAUCGCAACUCCAAACCCUGGUAGAUGUAGUGUGCCGUUGCAACUGUCCUUUUUCCAUCCUUCUCAAGUGCGAGUGUGUGUGUUUGUCUGAGUGUGUGUGUGUGUGGGUGAUUGUGUGUGUGUGUGUUGAUAUUUUACACGCUAGUUGUCCUGCCCGAGGUGCUCUUAAAUAAGAUGAUCUCCACAUUCAUAAGAUGAAGUUCUUUCCAUCAUACAUUUCGAUACACUUGUGUAUACAAAUAUUUAUACCUCUGGUUGGUAAGGGGGUUUAUUAUAUAAAUAUAUAUAUAUUAUUUUUGGAUUUCAAUACCUUUUAGCUCCCGCAUUCUUGACCGAAGCAUCGAGGUGCACUUGUCUCUUGGAUGGAAAGAGGAGUUGUUUCUUUAGCUUGUAGCUUGUGUCCUCGAUUAGCUGGGGAGUACAGAUCGUUCUGCUUGUUACUUUUCUUCAGUGAAGGCUGUUGUGGUUCAGUAACUAGAAGCUACAUGUGUUGGAAAAAUAUGUUUGGGUCCGAAUUUGGACUCCAAUGCCUUAUGGGUAAUGUUCUGCACAUGUGGUGCAUGUAGUAAAAGAGAAUAAAUUAAAUAUAUGGAGUUACUAAUCGGGUCUCUAAAUUUGCCUACCAAUGUGUUGUUUGCACAAAUAUGGCCCAGAUGUUUAAUAUUUGUCACAUUUGAGCUUUUUUCAAUGUAGUUUCUUUUGUUUUUACAGUGUUAACUUCUUUGAACUUCAAAUGUCUUAAAACAAUGGCACAUUUUUUCAAGGAAUGUUUACCCACUGUAAUCACCAUAAAUAAACCAAAUUUUCUACCUGUCA